UCUACGGAAUAAAUAUAUGAUGAAUACUCCAGUUACAGUGACUAUUGCUUGACGAUUGCUUUUCUUUAAUCCAAAAAAUGUCGGCUUUCCCGGAAUUAUGGAUAAUAUUCGCAGUCUUAGCUGUAGCUUUGCCAUUGCAUGGGGAAUCUGAGCUCAUGAAACCACAUGUCUGUCUCACAGAGGAAUGUCAAGAGAUAGCGCAGAUGUAUGCCGAAACAAUGAAUGAAACCGUCGACCCAUGUGAAAACUUCUACAAGUACAGUUGUGAUGGUUGGGCCAGCAAAAACCCAAUUCCAGACUAUGCAGUUUUCUGGAAUCGUCCCAGUUCCAUGCGUCUCGCGCACGAGAAACGUCUGAAAAGUAUGCUGGAGAGCUCGCCGGAAGUCACUGAUAUUCUUCCGAUUCAGCAAGCGAAGAAGUUCUAUCAGUCAUGUGUGGACAUCGUCGAACAUCAGAGCUUUCAUUUGUGCCCCAUAUGA